AGCUUGUUGGGAGGUAGGAGAUUGAGAAACUGCUGUUACAACACAAACGGGAGUAGCUGGCAAUUAAAUCAAGUGCACCGAUACGUUUGUUGACGUCACGUAAUGUUUGUUUCUCCGCGGGUUUUGGUGGCUGACUACGUACCUGGAGCACUGCUGAGCUACAGGCUGAGAGAUGCCACCAAAGACGAGGGCCAGUAAAAGAACAGCAAAUACAGGCAAAGAUGAUGAUGAUGGUGAAGCGGUUGGCGGUAAGAAGAAAACUGCAGCUUCUGUUGAGUCUGGAAAAACUAAGGAGAGCUCAGAAUCUCCACAGUACUGUCGCUGGCUGAUGAAGUCUGAGCCUGAGAGCCGCUGUGAGAAUGGGAUUGACCUGAAGUUCGGGAUCGAGGAUCUGAAGGCUUUGCCUGAUCAGACCGGCUGCUGGGACGGCGUCCGCAAUUAUCAGGCGCGCAAUUUUAUGAGGCAGAUGAAAGACGGGCAGUUGGCUUUCUUUUACCACAGCAACUGCAAGGAACCGGGAAUAGCAGGAAUCAUGAAAAUUGUGAAGGAAGCUUAUGUGGACCACACUCAGUUUGACAAGAAAGAUGUCCAUUUUGAUGCAAACAGUAAACCAGACAACCCAAAAUGGAGCAUGGUAGACGUUCAGUAUCAAAGAAUGAUAAAGCGUUAUCUUCCUCUGUCUGAGCUGAAAAAGUACCACCUGCAGCAUCGAGCCAAAGGAGGGCCUCUGAAGGACAUGGCGCUUUUUACAAGAGCCAGGCUCUCUGUGCAACCCCUAAACACUGAGGAGUUUGAAUUUAUCCUGAGCUUGGAGGAUGAAGAGCCUUUGUGAGGACACAGUGAAAUCAUGAAGCAGCGACAUCGUUUACAGCACUGUAUUUUUUCUUCUUGUUCCUAAGUAUUACAUUAGUUUUGUCUAAUUAUGGCUCACAUCCAAUUUUGACCUAUACUUCUGAGCGAUAGAGUGAGCUUGGUUAGCCACUGCAUACAAAAACAUUGGAAUUGCAGGGUCUGGAUACAAAACAGCAGCAGUAUAAUACAUAUAUUUGAGCUUGUAAUGUUGUAAUUUGUUGCCAUUUGCCCUCAGAACAGCUUCUGGCCUUGUUUUUUUUAUUGCCAUUAUUCAACUUGUAAUUUGUGUAUAGCAUCAUAAGAGGCCAUUCUCACAUUACCUCACAUUCUGUACUCCAUACAUUGCCAUAAUUAUGUCCACUACUGUCCAGUGAUGAUUAAGUGAGUGGAAAGAUAAAAAGAUGUUUCAGUUCAUGCAGAACUCUU